CAACGAUCAGCCACAAAUCUUGGGUGGUUCUUUUGAGUUGGACGUGCAUGUAAAAGUACAUACCUUCUCUGGCUACUCAGUUAGGUUACUUAAUUACCUAUAUCCCCUUUCAGUAUCUAUGGCGCGGCUCUGAACCGCGGUCAUAAUGCACAGCGUACCGAAUAUUUCCUUCAACGACUAUGACACUUGCUAAUACACUUUGCCGACAAACAUACACCCUGUUCUCGUCAGGGAGGAAAAGGAAAAGGGAAAGAAACGGGACAUUCCCGAGGCUGGCAGUGAAGGACAACAACAACAACACUGAUCCCGGUUUUGGAGAGAGGGUGGUCUCCUUCCCCUCCUUCCUGUACAUACGCGAGGGAGCUGCUGGUGCUACUGUUUCUGCUACUAUGCUCACUCACGCCCAGCCUCGCGAGUAUCCGGUCGCGGGACUAACGUCAAAAAGAGGUAUCUAGAAACAUCUUUUGGUUUUUCCUCCUUCCGACCCCAAUUUGUCCACUUAAGUGGAGCCGCCAAAUUGACAUUAAAUUUCACAGAAAAGAAAAAAAAGCCGGACUAUUGCCGAAGUAGGCAUCCGGCCAGACCAC